GUACACAGUGUAACGACAAUAUUACAGUAACAGAUGCGCGCCGUCCGCUGACGGUUGUUGUACGCUUACACGUACGCUAUGUCAUUGUUAUUGUUGUUUUUCGCAUCACGGCGGCCGACGCCGUUGCGUUGCGCGGUACCACUCGCCUUACUCGUCGGAUGCCUAUCAUUGUUGUUGGCCGAUUGCAGGGUCGUGGAAGCGGCCAUACCGUUGGACGAUGAAAAAUCCAAAGAGUACAUAAUUGGUCACUUAGCCGGCAUAAUCGAGGACCAAAGGAACAAGAUGCGAAGCGUUCCGGAUCGUGAAAUAUAUCAACAACGGUUUGCCGGCCGUGAGAUUCCUAGCAUCAGGGAAGAUGACGAAGGCUCUGAGUUUACCUACGACCAGAAUGUAUUAGUUGAGCCCGAAGUCAACACCGGCGACCAGGAUGUGCCAUUUGCUGUAUUACCAUACAAUCCGCGCUACUACAGACCAGAAUACUAUAACCGUUUGGCUGUACCGCCGUCCAAUAAUGACGUCUACUACGGUAAAAAUAGUAAAUUCCACAAGAUAAAAACUACAAAAAGCAGAGAGGUUCAACACGUUACGAUGGAUUCAGACGGAUACAAAUCUAAGUUCACCACAGAAAAUACGACGACCACCGAUGUGUCGUUGGAGUUACCACAUCCGGCUUUGGGGCAUAAGCCGUUUGCCACGUCCAUUUAUUCAAAAUUCAGUCAAGACGAUUAUUAUUUUUUCGCAAAAGCUGCUGGAGUCGGACUAGCUGUAUUGGUUGUUCUGGUCAUAUCCUCUAUCGCUUGUUUCAGGAUGCAAAGAAAUAAAAAAGCUGCGGCAGAUAUAGAUUAUCCAGCAUACGGCAUAACAGGACCCAACAAAGACUUUUCACCCACCGGUGAUCGACGACUGGCACAAUCAGCCCAAAUGUAUCAUUACCAACACCAAAAACAACAGAUUAUUGCUAUGGAAACGAAUAGUGCCGCAAAAGAAGGUCGAAGUGGUUCCAUUACAGACCCUGACAGCGACGAUGACAACGAGGAAGGAGAUUAUACAGUGUACGAGUGUCCCGGAUUAGCACCUGCGGGUGAAAUGGAAGUGAAAAACCCACUCUUUCACGAUGACAACACACCGGCUUCUUCGACUAACGCCAGUAAAGAGGAUAUCAGAGAAAACGGAUCCAUACCAGUAGUACCGACCGUCCCAUAACUUCGAUUAAUCAAAUUGACAAAAACACCUAUAUUGGAACUAUUUAUAUUUUCAUCUAAAUUGAUUUGGUUUUUUUUUCCUUUAAGUUUUUUUUUACUUAUAUAAUUUAUUAGGAACGGUAUGUAUUCAUUUUUGGAAUAGGGACCACACGUAUGUAAACUUGGUCGCGUUAUAAAAACGGGUACGUCAACUGAGUCAUUAUUAACUCCCCACUUAUUUUAUUAUAACUGUGUUCAUUAAUUUUCUUCUGAAAUUCAAAAAAUUCCUUAGUUGUUUAAAAAUAGCGAAAAUUUCUAUACAAUUAUUAAAACCGUACACUUCUUGUUGGUCGCAAGACAUUUCCUCUGUUAGGUCAAUUAUUAUUAUAGUUAAAACAUACGAAAUAUACUAAUUGAUACUAUAUAUAUACUAUUGAUUUAGGCUUUUUCUUGCGUGUAAAAAGAGUUCUACUAGUAGGAAAUUAAGCACUUACAUAGUGUAACAUUUAGAAUUUAUUAAUUACCAACGACAAAAAAAUUAUUUACAAUUAGAAAUAACUUUGUUUCUCUUCUAGAAAAUGUUUUAAAAAUUGCUUAUUGGCAUUUAUAUACUAAUGUCAAACUAAAGCAAUCUAAAAUGUAUACGUGAAUAAUUUUCUAUAGUUUACUGAAAAAUUAGUGUAAAUUUUAAAACAUUUAUGUAUAUUUGUGAGUGAAGUUAUUUAUUAAUAUGAGUUUCAAGAAAUGUAGGCAAUGUCGUCAUAAUGAAAAAAAUUCCACUAGAAUAUGAUUUAAACUUUAUGGUCUUCGCAAAAAUAAAUGUUAUACAUAUAUUUCACAAAAAUUAAAUGAUUUUUCUCCCAGACGUGUGCCUUGUCCUUACUUCUACAUUAUAAUACAAUAUCUAUUUCUAAUAAAAUUAUACUACAAUAUUAAGUUAAGAUAUUAUAAUAUUAUUAUGAAGAGAAAUAAAAAUAUUAUUAAUGUUAUAUUUUAAAUACCCCGACCGAUAUACGAGGCGGUGAUUUUAAAAGUGGACUAACCUAAAAAAAUCUAAAAAGGGAGAAAAUAGUACCAUUUUAUUUAGAAUUAAAAAUAGUUUGAUGAAACACUAGCUUUUUUGUUUUUUUUUUAAAUUUCUAAUGGAAGGCAGCACCUUAAAAAAAAUAUAUUUUCACCUAGUACAGUGUAAAUGAAAAACUUUAAAGUUAUUUUACUCCCUUUUUUGGUUUUUGUGGGUUAGUCUACACUUGCGCAGAACGCCUCAUAUAUGAAAUUAAAAACAAUACAAUAUUAUACUUAUAGAUAAUAUUUUAACCGUUAUAAUUACGUUUUCAAAUACCUAUUCUAUAUUAAUCAAGUAUUAAUGUUUGUUAUAAUUUAAUUUAUUUAGUUUGUUAUUUUUUUGAAAGAGUCACGUAUAUAGUAUUUAUAAGAGUGUUAAUUAUCAUUGUCAGUUCAAUAUUUUUGUUUUUAUUAUGUUUCAAAAGUCUUCCAGAAAAAUAUAUAAAUUUGUUACCCUGAGAUUCUAUCUCUCGGCAUUCAUUAAA